AUGGACGAUGAUCCGAACCUCAUCUUGGUCAUCAGAGGGGUGCUGGGUGAUGCAGCUAAAGGUCUCAAACUACCCCACAAUCGUACCCGCUAUAGUGAUCUACCAGAUGGCUUCCACAAGCCUCCACCAGAUCCGCGAAGCAGGAGCUCUAGCCCCAACUCAAACUCUGAUGAAGGCGACCAAGGGAACAAUAAUAACAAGCCUCCGCGUGAGGGAAGCCUUCUAUUAACCUUCGACAAGCCGCCUGCAAAUGUCACCCGCGGAUUCACCUUCGGGACCAGCAAGAGACGCUGUGAUGUUUUGCUUGCAAAAACAAGCGUCCCCAAUAUAAGCGGGGUACAUUUCGUUAUUACAUUGGAGAAUACCGGCCAUCUCGUGCUGAGGGACGUAUCGUCGAGGGAAACUGCCGUCAGCUAUGACGGCUGGGGAGAGCAGUACCCACGGAGGCAUUUCACAUGGAUUCUAGAUCUCAACGACAAGAGAAUGAGCAUUAGUGUCCAUCUCCGUGGUUUCCGGUUGGACAUCACCCUACCCAGUCAUGCUUCCUGUCAAAGCCAGUACAAAGCGAACGUUGAUGCCUACGUGAAAGCGAGUCAAGACUCUGUUCUCAGCCUCGGUGGACUGAAUAUGCCUAGCCAAGAUCCAACUCGUCCACGUAGCCCAAUUAAUGAUCCGAUCUACUUUCCCGCCGAAACAAUUGGACACGGGUCAUUCGGAAAGGUUUACAAGGUUCUAGAUGUGAGCACAGGCCGGGAUUAUGCUUCCAAGAGAUUUCUUUUGCAUUCUGCGGAUAUAGAACAAAUGAAGAAAAAGCCGACAGAAUCGCCUGCGUUCAAACAGCACCAGACCGAACUGGUAGAGUUCUUAAACGAAAUGAAAAUCAUGAAAUAUCUUAUGCAUAAGCAUGUCGUUGAGUUUGUGUGCUAUCCCGCUGAUCCGUUGCAGAUUGUUAUGGAAUAUAUGCCCCUGGGAAGCCUUCGCUUUCAACACAGUGUUAUCCCGAUUAGUACAACAGAAAUCCAACUCGUUCUUGCCCAAGGGCUCGACGCUCUUCGUUUCAUGCAUUCCAGAGACAUCACGCAUCGGGAUAUCAAGCCGGAAAAUAUCCUCGUCUAUAGCAGAAACGGCCCCUUCAUUAUUAAAUUAGCUGACUUUGGGCUUUCGAAAUUUGGUAGUCUUAGAACGAAUGUCGGGACGCUAGAUUAUAGGGCACCUGAAUUCUUUCAUUCCCAGCCCAUAAACUAUGACAGCAGAGUUGAUAUAUGGGCUCUUGGGGUCGUCGCCCUUGAGUUCACCUAUGGUGCCACCGAAGUUAACUCUGGCUAUGACACUUAG